CACUCGUACGCGCACUCGUGCGAUACAACAACGGGUUGAACAGCUGAUGCACCACCGACACCGGCGAAAUGUCAAAAUCCGGACAAUUUAUUCUACGUGUGCAGUCAUCAGAGGGAACAAAACGUAUAGAAGUGGAAUCUUCUGAUACACUUUCUCGUCUUUACGAAAAGGUGUACGAGGCUUUUGAUUUAAGUAAUUUUGGAUUUUGUCUCUGUAAACAACGAAAUCAGAAGGAACCGCUUACAUCUACCCGAAGUAGAACAAUAUCCGGGAUCGGUCUCAAUCAUGGAGAUAUGCUUUAUCUUGUGCCAGUUAAUGGCACUCAAUUAUGGAGUGCUCCAUCGACCAGCAGUGCCUCCAACAAUUCUACAGAACCAAUACCCAUGGAUACUGCUAAUGGAAUUACAAACCGCGUAUCCAGUCUCUCACGAUCUCUGCCAAGUGUAGUCGAAGACGAUGUUGACGAACAAUUGUGGAAGUUGGACGGGAAAAUUCAGCGCAAACGCGACGAGAAACUCUGUCGACACGGCGCAAGAGGAUGCUGUGUGCACUGUUCACCUCUAGAGCCUUUUGACGAACUUUAUUUGAAAGAACAAAAUAUUAAGCAUCUAUCAUAUCAUUCGUAUCUCAGGAAACUCACUGCCGGAGUUGAUAGGGGCAAGUUUAUCCAAUUAGAUGACAUAAGCUGCCGUAUAAAGACUGGCUGCAAGGAUCAUCCGCCGUGGCCAAAGGGCAUUUGCAGCAAGUGCCAACCAAACUCGAUUACUCUAAACCGUCAGACUUAUCGGCAUAUAGACAACGUUAUGUUUGAAAAUGCUAGUUUAGUAGAACGUUUUCUUAAUUACUGGCGUAGUACGGGGCAUCAGCGUAUCGGCUAUCUGUAUGGAAGAUAUGAAGUGCAUUCAGAUGUUCCCUUAGGCAUUAGAGCUGUUGUUGCGGCUAUAUAUGAACCACCGCAGGAUAGUACAAAAGAUACCAUAAGACUUCUGCCGGAUGAAAGGGAAGCGUUAGUCGAGGAAUUAGGCCGGGCACUUAAUUUGAGAAGAGUCGGGUGGAUUUUCACUGAUCUCAUAGCCGAUGAUGUCAAAAAAGGAACGGUUAAACACGUUCGCAACAUAGAAAGCCACUUUUUAUCUGCUCAAGAAUGCAUUAUGGCUGGAUACUUCCAAAACCGGUAUCCUAACCCCUGUCGCUUUUCGCCUAAUGGUUAUUUCGGCUCAAAAUUUGUAACAGUUUGCGUCACAGGCGAUGACAAAAACCAAGUACAUAUGGAAGGCUAUCAAGUGUCCAAUCAAUGCAUGGCGUUGGUACGAGACGGCUGUUUGGUUCCUACAAAAGACGCACCGGAAUUGGGUUAUGUAAUCGAGUCAAGUGAUAAACAAUACGUUCCGGAUGUCUUUUAUAAGGUAAGAGUUUAACUGUAUGUAUGUAUAUAUAUAUUGAUUUUAUUUUCCCUUGGAUCAUGGUUUUUUUUUUCUUUUUAAUCACUUCGAUCUGUAUACAUGUAUAUCAAACAAAUGUUUCAAAUUUUCUCGUAUCUCUAACGUAGCUUAAUAUUUGUUGGAAAUUGUUGCCAUGUUUUUGGUCGCGUAACUUAAGAUGUAGAUGUGAGUUAGGUAUACGCAAAAAUUAUACAAAAACUACUCACAUGAAAGAAGAAACAGUUUAUAACUCAAAAAUCUCAAAAUCGAUCGAUUAAAAAGUACAUUUAAGUUGAGGAGGGGGGGGGGCAAUGAACGUUCAUUCUCUUCGCACAUGAAUAAUGAAAUAAUAAAAUCCGUUCGAACAACGGCUCUUUCUGGUGUAAUUACCGUGAGCCUGAAAAAACAAAAGAUCACGAUCAGCUCUUGCUUUCUCAAUAAUCAUUGCGUCAUAAAAAGAAAAUAAGAGAAAGGGACAAAACGGAAGUAAGAAAUAAGGAAUAGAAAAAAAAGGGACGAUAUGGCGAGGUAGGAAGAUGAGGAAAGAACUUGUCCAAGUGCUUUUACAGCCGCUCAAUUUCGUUUAAUCGCACGCGAGGGGCAAGGUAAAUCGGUCGGUCGUUAGAAUCGAUAUUACAAGCUAUGCGUUGUUACCUCAUCACGUUCAUAAAAAUAUAUAAUAGUGUAUAUAUAUAUAUUUUUGUAUAGAUACGCGCAAUAGGUAUCUGUGUGUACGUGUA